UUGACCUAAAUAACGAGGCUGGCGAGGGCGAGGCGCCGAGCCCGGGGCUGCGCGCUCGCUCUCCGGUGGGCACUUCCCGGGCGCUCCCCUUGCUGCGCCGCUUGCAGGAAUCCCGGCUGCCCGGCCGGCGCGUCCCAUCGGAGAAGCUUGGCUCGCUGGCCGAGCGCGGGACUGUGGCUGGUUAUCGCGCAGCCCCUGGCGCCUUGGAUGGGGGCUUCCCUUCGCGCUGCCCAGGCAGGAAAUGAGGGCCUAUUGUGCUCGCGGAUGAGGACUCCGUCGAAGGCGCCUCGCCUGGCCCAGUGAGCUGAGCGGGCGGCGUCCCUCGCCUUGGCAGCAGCCCGGAGCCCGGCCGCCGCGCUGGCUCUCGCCUCCCUUCGGCGAUGCCCGACGAAGCCGCGGAAAGCGCGUCUCCCGCCUCGGCGGCCGCGCGCGUCUCCUCCUUUUUCAUCGCGAAUUUGCUGGCCGCCAAAGCCCAGGACAAGCAGAGGCCAGACGGCGCCGACGAGGAACGCCAAGCGCGGCGGGCGCGCGGCGGCGGCUUCGCAGGCAGCCAUUGUUCGCUCGCCUGCUGCCCGUGCCAGGCUUCCCGCUUCGGGCUCGGGCUGCGCGGCUACCCGCUCCGGGAGAGCACCGUGGACUGGUACAGAAGAGCGCACGUGGCUUUCAUAGGCUGCGCCAGUCCGGAAACCAGCGACAGAGACUCUCCGGAGAUCUCCGAGGAGGCAUCACCCGGGAAGGAAGCAGCAGCUGCAGUAGGAGGCGGCGGCAGCGGCUGCUGCGAGAAAGUGGCCGCGGAGCUGAGCCCGGGCGCGAAAAGCGAGGACUUGGCGUGCAGCGGCGGCGCACAGGAAGGCGGUGGCGGCAGCCAGGGCAGCAGCAGCCUGGACGAGGAGCGCGCGGAGGAGUCGGAGGGCGGCGAGGCGCGCGGCGGUGGCGGGCGCAAGAAGAAGACGCGCACCGUCUUCAGCCGGAGCCAGGUCUUUCAGCUGGAGUCAACCUUCGACGUGAAGCGCUACCUGAGCAGCUCGGAGCGGGCCGGCCUGGCCGCCUCGCUACACCUCACCGAGACGCAGGUGAAGAUCUGGUUCCAGAACCGCCGCAACAAGUGGAAGAGGCAGCUGGCGGCCGACCUGGAGGCCGCCAACCUCCCGCACACGGCGGCGCAAAGGAUAGUCCGCGUGCCCAUUUUGUACCAUGAGAACUCGCUGGCGGGCGGUGCGCUGGGCUGCUUCACGCUGCCGCCUCCCGCGCACGCCUCCCCGCCGCUGGUCGCCGUCUCCGGCAGCGGCGUCGCCUACCCUGGCGACCUUCCCCGCGGCCUCGGCGCCCUUCCUCCGUUCGCAAGUGACUGGCCUCGUUUGAUCCUCUCCCUCCUGGACACCGUUUUCCUUUCUGGGUCCCAAACUACUUGAUUGGAUGCUUUUGAUUGUUUUAAAGGUGCAAUAAACUUAUAUAUUUUCCCCGGGCGUAAAAAAAAAUUUUUUUUCAAGAAGCAAAGCAAAAAGUCUCUACUUGACCUCUGUUCCUCGCUCGGACUUCUCCUGAGCAAGAGCCUGCCAGGUUUGCGUCCAGGAAUUCUGGAGACCAUAGUUUGCGGGCUCAAGUCCUAGAGACACUUCUCCUUAUACUUCGAAGAUCUGCGGAUGGGCUUCUCGCAUUUCUUAAUGGCGGCAAUGUUGCGUAAGAAAAGAAUGUAAAGAUGUUUACUUUUCCAGCCACAAUGCCAGGGACACAGGCCUCCUGCCUUUGUCCGCCCCCGGCAGCUCUUCCUCUGAUCAAAAGUAUAGUUGAAACACGUGAUCUGUCGCAUAGUUUAUUGCCUUUUCAUAGGAUGAGGAAGAUUGAGGGAAACUGAAGUAUUGGCAUUCAACAAGAUAGUUUUUAUCGCCCUCCCUCUGAAAGCUUUUCAUUCGGUAUCUUGUUUAGGAAAGGCUUUAGUUGGCCUACCUUGAAAUUGAUUGUCAAUGGGUGUUUUGUAUCUUUUAAAAAACAACAACCUGGAAUUAAUUGGAUGCUAAAGAGAUUUGCUUCCCAAUUUGCAAAUAAUUAUUGAAUUUUGGGCCGGUUUUCAUGAGGAAAAACCCCCUGCAAACUUCUCUUGCUGUAACAUUUUAGAUGUAAAAUCCAUAUUUGGAUUUAUUUUCUGUGCCUCACACCCCAAAAAUCAACAUAUAUGAAGUAUGCGCUAUAAUUAUUCAAUUGAUUUUAAUUUAUGGUAUAAAAUGUUUUAAAAUCCUCCUUAAUAAUUUUCAUUCUUCAACCAUUUCCCCAAGCGCCCCGUUAUAAUAGUUUAUACUUCCCUUGACGUCAUGUUAUAGCCUAAUUCCGUUUGAGUGGUUGAAAAUGACCAAUUUGCCAAAGCCUUUGAUUUCCUUCAGUCAUGUUCGAAUAUGUUUCCUGUGGAAAGCUGGAUUGCGCAUUCAUGUGUCCUGUUCACAACAUAUUAGAGUAAAACUUCAGUUGAUAACUUGUCUUUAGCGACUGUAAUGCGGUAUUAUAUGAAGUAUUAUGCAUGCGUAAACUAUGUUUCUUUAACCAA